AUGGCAGAAGUCGAUGAAAAAGAAAUAGCCAAACUUGAGAAGGAAGCUGUCAAUGGGGAUGAAGAAUCUCAAAUCAAAUUAGGGAAACAUUUUUUAACCUUGGCAGACUCUGAAAUUAAACGUGAGAUAAAUGGAGAACAAGCAGUGAAGUGGUUUAUACAGGCAUCUAGACAGGGAAAUGAUGAAGCUACACAACUAUUACAGAAAUGUCAAAAAACUAAAACAGGAAUAACAGAGUUGAACCGGGAGGAUGUGGAAUGGUGUGUCAAUACCAGUAACCUGGAGAAGAAAGUUAGACAAGCUGCUAGAAAACUCUACACAAAAAUGAAUGACACUCAUAAAGAAGUUUUGUCUAAAGAAGACUACAUCACAGCUGUAAAGAGAGUGACAGGAGGAGAUGUACUGGAACAGAAAUUACUCCUUGCAGCAGGAAAGAAGAUAGGUGAUUCUAUUAAUGAGACAGAGUUUGUCAAAAUCUUGUCCAAGAAAAUUCAAGGAAACCUUACAUUAACUUCAGAAGAAACAGAGGAGCAUUCAUCUGAAUAUAAAAGUGCUGGCAUUGUUACAAAAGUUUACAGAUACCCUAAAGAAACUUUCCAAGCUAUAUUUGAACAAGGAUUUGAAACAGUGUCUAAAGAGGGGAUGAAUUGGGUGACAUCUUUGAUUCCAUCAAAUCAGAUACAACUGUUAAUCUUAUUUUAUUUGUAUAAUUUUAUAACAACUCCAAUGAUCCUCUUAAUUGUACCUUUAUUAGUUUUCUAUUUAAGUGCUUUGGUCAUGAUUGUUACUACAGUACAGAUGUUUUACAAAAAGAAGAAGAUGAAGGACGCUGCAGCUCUGGCUAAUGUACUCAAAACUUACGAUGUUGGGGUAGAUGUCAACGAAACUCGUUCUCAGUACUCUUGGAACUCUUUAACACCAUAUUUGGUUUUUUUUGGAGCAUUACCAUUGACUGUUGUUAGUUUUUCUUUAGCUAAUAAGAUGUAUAUUCCUUGCUCAGAGUUCUGUAUUCUGGCGGGUGCCUUUGCAGGGCUUUGUUUUACAGCACUAAGUGACAGCCAUGAUAUACUGAUGAUUCUAGCAGUGGUAUUCAACUUAAUUGCAUCUCUACCGACAUUUGUAAAUAGUCUACCUCAGAUUCCAUUCAUUACAGCUGCUAUUAAAUUAGUACUAGGAGCAGGGUUCUCCAUUGAAGUAGGAGGAGGAUUUCAGAUUAAUUUGGGAUUACCAACGGUUAGUUACCUGGUGGUUCCAAUCAUGUUUAUAUUGAUGGCAGCACGUGGUUCAUGGAAGGGCACCUAUCAAGUGCUGGUUCCCCACCUGGUAUGUUACUUUUGGUGGCAGCUAAUGGUAGCAGUCUUCCCUUUUACAACUUGGAAGGGACUGAUACGUUCUGCUGUUGGCUAUUUCUUCUUACCUAUGCUUAUACCUUUGGCUGUUCUCUUGGUAAUUGUUGGGUUGUUUUAUAUUGUCUACAAACUGUUGAUGACGGCUGUUUUUGGGAAGUUAGUUGUAACUCUGCUGUUGGGAGGAUUAGCAUUUCUCUUGUCUCAGACUAAAACCUUGUUUGGGAAGAAAACUGAUAAAAAGUUAGGAACUACAAAGAAAAUAAUAAUGGGAAUAUUUGCAGUGUUGGCUUUGCUACCAAUGAUCUUUGUACAGCUACCAACGACUAAAAAACCAUCAAAGCAAGUCAUAGCAUGGGAGGAAUACAGGAGCAUUUGUGCUGCGAAUGAUGCUAAUUCUGUUCCAGAACAAUUAGCCUGCAGUUCUUUCAUUGGAUCCAGUAUAACAUGGACUGGUACCUUCAAGGAAGCUAGAAUAAGUAAAAUAGAAAAUAGUGUUGAACCACUUUUGAAAGGAAUGCCAGGAUUUAUAGCUAAUUACCUCAGAUGUUCAUAUGGAGGAGAGUAUGGUGAUUGUAAUGACGAGACAAAAUCGGAAAAAGAAAAAGAAGUAUGUUCCUUGAUGACCUCCCUAGGACAUGAAUGUCAUCUAAAUAGACACAACAGCUAUUCAUUUUCACUCCAAGUUAAAAUGGAGGAGUUUGAGAAAGGAACUUUGGUCUUGAAUGCAGGUAACAAUUUUAAAGAGACACUGAGUGCAUUAGAAGUGGAAGACAGGGUAGAAUUUUCAGCAACUUUGGUCGAUGGAGCAGGAUCUCUUGCACCUCAGUUUAAAUUGAAGAGCAUUAAAUGUCUUGAUAGACAGUUGGACAUUAUGGCAGUUAUGGAAGAAAAUGAUGAAGAUUUGAUAUUACGAUCAGCCAAUGAAGCUAUAGCAGUUGGUUUCAAUUUCUUCUGGUACCCAUUAGCAGAGUAUAUCCCUGACAAAGGCUUUCUGGCAGAGAAAGAAGAGGAGGCAGCAACUGUAGAAUGAUGACUGUGCCAUUAAAUUUACCAUAUAAUAGAGGUAUGUUUUGGAUUAAAAUGUAAAACAAGAGUUUUGUCUUUUUGGUUAAGUAUCUACUGACAGAGUAGGAUUAUUGUGUAAGUGAAUGCUAUACAAAAGAACAAAAAAUAUCUAAAGAAUUUUUUUUACUCUUUUUUUAAAUUUACUUAUGAUUAAUUAGUUAGAUGGCAAACCGAAUAGAUAGAACAUAAAAAAAAUGAAGAAAAUCACAAGAUGUGGUUUUAUUUACUGUUUAUAUUAUAGAUACAAAUAACUUGCUUGAAACAAAAAAAGCAUAUAUUUUACAAGUCUAUUUAUAUAUGCAUAAUAGUUACUUACGACAUUGACUCUAUUUAUCAUGUUUAUGAGAAGAAUCAUUUAAAAAAAAAAUGAUGAGCAAUGAAAAGUCUAUUUGACAUUUGUUGAAUUAACUUAAUAAUUAUCAUGAUUAUAAAUUUAAAUUAGGAAAAGGAAAUUGUCUCUUUUUUUAGCUCUUAUUGUCUCCCCUACCAUUUGCCAAUGGCGUUGCUAUAAAUGAUAAGUAACAUCUGUACAAUCUAGAUUUUAGAUAUGAAAUGAUCUGUGAAAGAAUAUUUAAGUAUCUAAGAUGCUUUGGAAACCCUUUAUAUGGGAUGUUUUUUUAUGAUAGCGGUGAUCACAGUUAUAGAAAACAACCUGGAUUUCUAAGACAUUUAAUUGAGAAUUGCUCAUAAUACCCACCUUUAAUGUUAUUACCAGUUAACUUUUUUUUUUAAUUUUAAAAUGUCAUUUAGCAUUACAGUAACUUUUACUGUUUCAAACAGAAGAUAAUGUUUAAUAAUGUUAGUAGACCUAUUAAUUAUGUGCACAUACACCAUUAUAUAUAUAACUCGUCUCAAAAUUAGCCCAUAUAUAUAUUUAUAUAUAUAUAUGUCAACAAUCAUGUUAAACUACAAGAUAAUUGCAGUUCCUGUAAAUGCUUUUAAAAAUCUCCUUCUGAUAACCAUUUUUUCUUGAGAGGGAGGUUAAUUCUAAUGUGCCAGAAAAAAUCUCCAAAUGUCUCAGUUUUAGAAACUGUUGCCAAAAACACUUUAAAACAGUGUUUAUACAAUAUAGAGUUCCAACCGUAUCAGUCAUGAUGUUUAUAUAAUUUAUUAAUUAAUGGUUAUAUUCAUAGAAAGUUGAUUGAAAGAUUUGAUGAAAAAUAUGUAUUUUAUAGCAAAAAAUAAAAUGGAACUUUCCAACUGACGACCAGUGGAAAAUUUAUAUUCUUAAACUUAUAUCCCACUAAAUCAUUUUCCAGAGAUUGUGAUCUAUCUCUUUGAAAGUUGAAAAGUUGACACAUAUGAAAAUUGAAAUCAUUGUAUUGAAGAUAUUGAAAAAGGAAAUAUUAGACAAAAUAAAAUGUUAUGAUAUAGAAACUUCUGAUUGGUUUAUGUCAAGAUACUAUUUUUAUUACUUUAAUUUUGAAUUUUUAUACAGUACUACUUAAUACAGUUGUAGUUAUUGUUGCACAUAAGUCUACUUAUAAGUAACAUGCUUUUGUAUUCUUGUUAUAUAUAUGUACAUUAUUGUUAUGAGAAGUUAUACUUCCUAUAUAGUUUAAUAGAUGCUUUGUUUAUAUCUGUAUGGUUGUUGGAUUGUUGAAAAAGAUAUAUAAUCAAAUAAUAUUUAUAUAGUUAUGCUGUUUUAUUUAUAGUAAAAUUUAUUGUAUAUACUCAGCCAAGUCUUUCUACUAAAAUUGAAAUAACAUUUGUAAGAAUUAUUUUUAUAUAAUAUUUUCCUAUUGACGAUGAGGAUUAGUUUCUAAAAUACAGUUGUUUCAUUUAUUGAAGAUUUAACUUUUAUUUCAGUUUGCAAAUUGUGAUAUUUUUUUUUAUAUUCUUAUAUAAAUCUUGCUUUACAAUAUGAAGUCAUUGACACAUGUUGAAUUUAUAUAAAUGUUUUUUUCAAAAUGGAUUUUAUGAACAUGAUGAAAAGUAUCCGAUUAUUUUUAGCUCACCUGGCCCUGGUGAACUUUUCUCAUUACACCGUCGUCGUCCGUUACCUUUUACAAAAAUCUUCUCUGAAACUACUGGACCAAAAAGUAAAAUAACAAAUCUACCGAACUCCAAGGAAAAUUCAAAACGGAAAGUCCCUUUUCAGAUGGCAAUAUCAAAAGCUCAAACACGUCAAACCAAAUUUAACCAAACUUAACCACAAUCAUCAUUGGGGUAUCUAGUUUAAAAAUGUGUCCGAUAACCCCACCUACCAACCAAGAUGGCCGACAUAGCUAAAAAUAAAACAUAGGGGUAAAAGGCAAGUGUUAUCUAUUAUUUUGAAAACUGUUAUAAAUGCAGAAAUGUUCAGAAUGUUGAGCUUUACCAAUUGUCUAUUUAUGUUGGAGUAAUUUCUCUUUAAUGACUAUUUUUACCAAUUUUUUUUUUGCAUUUUGCCUUGUAUGAUAAAAAUUAAAAUAGAUAAAUAGGAACUUUAAAAAGCAAAAAUGAUCAGCAAGGCAAGAUCUACAAACAAGUCAAAUUUUGCUGAUUUAGUAAGUAGAUUGCCAAUUUUUGUAGGAGUGAUUGCCCUUAAAUGAGGAUUUUUUUAACCUAUUUUGUGUUUUGAGCAAAAACUAAGAAAGAUAGAGAGAAACUAAACAGACAAAACGAUCAGCAAUACAAGAUCAUCAAAAAGAAAUUUUUGUCAUGAAUUCUAUUCUCGUCUUCAAUGUUGGAGAGUGUCCUUUGUUGAAUAUGCGCAUAGACCUAGGUGAGAGACACAGGCUCUUUAUAGCCUCUAGUUUGUUGAUGUGAUAGUCUUGAAGUUCUUCCCGUAUUAUUUUACAUGAUAGUGCUUUUUGUUCUGAUAGACGUCUGUUUACUAUGUCAAAGUUAAGGUUCUGAAUAGAUAAAAUUACAAAAAGUAUAAAUCAGUACAGUCGAGUACAAAUACUGCCCAUUUCAGACAAUAAUUGGUUAGUAGUAAUAUAUAACAGCUUCAAAAUUUUACUUACUGGGUCUCGUUAUGGAUGUCAUGGGAUUCUCUCAGUUUUUUUGUUUUUUUUACCCUGAUUUGUUAUUUAUGAGAUUUGAAUAUUGGUUUACAAUAUUACCUCUAGUUUAACUAAGUUUUUCUCUACUAAUCAUAUCAUUGUCUAGGUUAAGGUCAGCAUUUUUUAACAAUACAUGUAUUUCUUCUUUUCAUAUAUGUAGUAGAUUGCCUUGAACGUUUUUAUGCAUAACGUAUCUCUUAUGUUACAUUUGUGCCAUUAGGUGAAUGCCUAUUAUUUUGUCAGUGUUUUUGAAAAUUUGACUAAUAUGUUACAAGCAAGUUUAUUACAUUAUAUCUAUCCCGUUGACAAGAACCCAUUCAUUUGUUAUACAUUAAUAAUUUUGGAACUAAAAUGAUGGUAUGUAAAAAAAUUAAUCAAUUAAAUUAUUUUAUUUUCUUUUUUAAAAAUGUUUAAAGUAAAUUAAGUACUUCAAAUAGAAAUAAAAUGGUCUUGUUAAUAAACUUAAGGAAUAGUGCCAUACAAGUAUUGGAAGAAUGAUUGUAAACGAAAUGACAAAACUAGUUACUGACAGAAGGCAAGUUAACAACAGAUAUUGCAAACAUGUAGAUUAAAGAUAUAUAUAUGCAAUAAUUUUUUUUACGUUUGUAAGUUUUAUAUAUUUCUAAGGAUUGAAAAUUAUUUGAUGUAAGAUUUUUCUACAGACGUUGCAAUUAUAUCUAUUCAUUUUAAUAUUUAUUAACACUUGAUAAUAAAAACCUUUUUUCUUGUUA